CUCUCACUGAUACCCUAACUUGUGACCUAAGAUACAUUGGUGAGGAAUUUAAGAGGCUGCAUAUGAAUACAGUCGGAAUGGAUUUCACCAACAAGGAGCUUUGCGUUGACAAAGAACAAGUCACUUUACAAAUUUGGGAUACUGCUGGACAAGAAAGAUUUCACAGUAUAACGUCAGGGUUCUAUCGAGACGCAAAUUGCUGUGUUCUUGUCUACGACGUUAAUAUUCUCGAAUCGUUUGAAUCUCUCGACAUCUGGCAUGCCCAGUUCGUCGAAGAGGCAGAUCCUAUCACACCUGACAAGUUUCGAAUUCCCUUUGUUUUGAUGGGAAACAAAACCGAUGUAAAAGGCAGAACAUCCCCAGUUGUUGAAAAAGAGAAAGCAGUCCAAUGGUGUGAGAAAAAGGGGGAAAUAGCCUACUUUGAGACCUCGGCAAAGGAAAAGAGCAAUGUUGAUGAAGCUUUUAUGGAGGUUGCUCGAAAAGCUCUCUUAUAUGUGCGUCGUACUACAAAGAUGUGAGUGUGUGUUAUGCCAAAUAAAAAGACUACGUAAAU